AUGGCCGCAACGGACUCGAUAUCCAUCUUCGCAGAGGGUACAUUUGAGGAACAGAUCCUCGAACUCGUAAACUAUUUGGCGCGUGCACUACCCGAGGAAGGACGGCCCGCAUACAUCCAGCCGUUCCAGGAGUCCUUGGCCACCCCGGAGGGGCAGAAACCACUUGAUGAGGAUGAAGAGAGGAGAAGGCAGAUCUUUGGCACGGUGCUCCCAGAAGUGAAAGGGCUUGGAGAUGGUUCGGAGAAGGAGAUUGAGGGAUUCUUCAACCUCCUCUUCUCCCACUUUCUCGUCUUAUACUCUCUCGAUGAACCCAGCACACAUUCGCAGCUCGCGACUCUAUUGAACACCAUCUCUGCGUCCCCCGACCACACACCCGUAAAAUACCGGAUACUCUCAAACCUGUUCAAUGCUCUUCCGCGGCGGUCUGGUCUCCGGUUACCCAUAUACCAAACCCUACUCGAGCUCGCGAGCGUGAACGACGACAUUGAUGUACUCGGUCUCUCUCAAACUGAAGUUGACAAAUGGCUUUCGGAAUGGGAAGUCACGCCAGAAGAGAAGAGCAGCUUCAUCAAGCUGAUUGUAGACGCAUACAAGAGGUCUGAGCAGCCUGUUGCAUCUUACCAGUACCAACUCUCCUACGUUCGUUCACUACCUCCGUCGUCACCCGAAGCUCAGAGUGCCGCCAUCGAUGCCAUCGCCUCCGCCCUCCGCCUCCCUAACAACUUUGAUUUCGACCCCCUCUUCCGCCUUGACGCCGUUGUUGCCGCGAAGGACCAUGAGCUUUUCGCGCUCCUUCAAAUCUUCUUGAACGAUGGCCUAGCGCAGUAUCAGCAGUGGGCGAGCAGCCAUCCCGAUGCGCUAUCCAAGUAUGAACUUGAUAGCUCACAACUAGAGCGCAAGAUUCGUCUUCUCACGCUCGCUUCCCUCGGCUUCCAAAACGUCGGUCGCGACAUCCCCUACUCUGUCAUCGCGUCGGCGCUCCAGGUCGAGCCCUCGCAGGUGGAAUCCUGGGUGAUCGAUGUCAUUCGCGCUGGCCUUGUCUCUGGCAAGCUCUCGCAGACGGCCCAGACGCUACACGUAAAUCGCGCCGCCGCCCGCACAUUCGAGCGUGAACAAUGGGAGCUCUUGGAGAAGCGGCUGCAGGCGUGGAAAACGGGCCUGGCCAGCGUCCUGGAGACGGUCUCUGCGAGCCGCAAGAAAGUCGGCCCGAGUGCUGCCGCUGCUACGCCACCCGAGGCCGUCGCGAACGGCGCUGCUGCCCCCACUGGCAUCGAGACGCCUGCUGCAGCGGCGCAGGCCGCUGUUGCAUGA